UAACUAAUCCAUCGCCACCUCAAAAGCCCCCGUUCCCGAACGCCGAUUCGCGACCUCUUCCAGAGACGAGGGCGAAAAGAGGGAAAAAAGGGUAGUCCCUCCAAACCCCCUUUCCUUCAAAAUCUUUACAAAAAACCCGCUUUCACAGAAGAAAGCGAAGACGAAACAUUUCAAAACCCUAAACAAGAAAGGAGGGAAAAAAAAAAGGUCGUCAUGGCGUUUGCUUCUCGCGAGCAGGCAAUCUCUCUUCUAUCCGCCGCGAAGAACCAUAGCGAUUUGGCUGUGAAAAUCUCCUCCCUUAAACAAGUCAAGGAUAUUCUGCUCUCCGUCGAUCCGUCCCUCGCAGCCGACCUGUUCCCGAACAUCGCCGAGCUCCAGUCGUCACCUGAAAGCCUUGUGAGGAAAUGGCUCGUUGAGUUGAUGGAAGAGCUCGGUUUGAAGGCAAUAGAACAGUCAUAUAUAUUGAUGCCUGUAUUAUUGGCACUUCUAAAAGAUGAUUCACCUGUCGUAGUUAGGCAAACUAUUGUUAGUGGCACAAAUUUCUUUUGCCGCGUCCUGGAAGAGAUGGCAAUACAGUUUCGUCAAUCUGGCAAAGUUGAGAGAUGGCUUGAGGAAUUGUGGCCAUGGAUGGUUAAGUUCAAGGAUGCUGUUUUUGGCAUUGGUUUGGAGCCCGGUAAUGCCGGAUCAAAGUUGCUGGCUGUGAAAUUUUUGGAAAUUUGUGUUUUACUUUUUACAUCUGAUGCCAAUGAUUCUGAAGCACCAUCCAGAGAAGGAAAGGGACGGAAUUUUAAUGUCUCAUGGUUAGUUGGAGGCCAUCCAAUUUUGGAUCCAUCUGUUCUGACGUUGGAAGCGAACAAGGGUGUUGGCCUUUUACUGGAUCAAUUGCAAUCUGCUAAAUCGCUUCGUGGUUCUUUGAUAGUAGUUAUUAUCAACUGUCUUGCAGCCAUUGCGAGGAAAAGGCCUCUCCACUUUAGCAGCAUUAUUUCUGCGCUUCUUGGUUUUGAUCCUAAUUUUGAGACUCUAAAGGGAGGUCAUGCUGCGAGCAUCCAGUAUGCUUUGAGGACUGCAUUUUUGGGAUUCUUAAGGUGUACUCAUCCAUCCAUAAUAGAGUCACGUGACAGGUUGCUUAGGGCCCUACGAGCAAUGAAUGCUGGCGAUGCAGCUGACCAAGUUAUUCGGCAAGUUGAUAAAAUGCUGAAAAAUACUGAGCGUGCUGUGCGUGAUUCCCGGUUUACCAAGGAGGACCUGCCCUCAACUCAAAUACCUGUUUCUGUGGAUCUGAUUAGAAAGAAAUCCAUAGCUCAGGAUAAUGAAGUUCCUAAUUCUGAUGACAUGCCUGCGAAGCGGAUUCGGUUUAGUCCUGCUAUCAGUUCAGCUCAGCCUGCUCACAUGUCAAGCGAUUCUGCACAGGAUGACAUUGCGGCGAAUGACAUUUCUUCUAAGGCGCCAUUGCUGGACAAUGUUCUAACCCCUGUUGAACAGAUGAUUACUAUGAUUGGUGCUCUGCUGGCAGAAGGUGAAAGGGGCGCUGAGUCACUUGAAAUUUUAAUAUCAAAAAUUCAUCCCGACCUGAUGGCUGAUAUAGUCAUAGCCAAUAUGAAACAUCUACCCAAGAGUCCCCCACCCUUAUCCAGCAGGCUUGGAAACUUGCCAGUAAAUUCACAGACAAGUUUGUCCGGUACCUCAACUCCAGUGGUGCCACAAGCUGCUGCAACAGGCUCUGCACAACCUUCAGGUUUUACAUCACAAGUUGUCUCACCUUUGUCUUCUACAACUGGAAUCAGUCUAUCAACAUCUGAUGCUUCAACGACGCCUAAUCUUCCUUCUGACAUGAAGCGUGAUCCACGAAGGGACCCUCGUCGUCUUGAUCCACGGCGUGCACCGGAACCUGUUGGAGUACAACCAUCAUCUGCAAAAUUGGAGGAUACCAGUGAUACACAAUCUGGGUGUGAUGGUUCCAGUUCCAUCAGUAGACCUAUUUCGGUUCCUGUGGCGACAAAGGUUGAGCACACGGCAGUAUCUUUGAUGCCCAAAAGUGAUAUAGAGCUUUCAGAAAAUUCAGCAGCUCCCAUUAUUGACAUGUCAACCUCUAAAGAAAAUUUAGAGGUUCCAAAUGAAGCGAAUGAAGCAGUUGCAGCUCUGGAGGUUCAUACAUCUUCUGAACCAACCCUUUCUCCUGUUCGGGUUGCUGACCAGGACCAGGUAGCGUCAACAUCAUCGGAUGUUACAUUGAUGGAUGGUGUUGAUACUUGUAUGCUGGAGUCUGAUCAGUAUUCUUCAGCUGUCUCAAGAGCAUCUGAAGAGAUCUCUCACGAUCUGCCAUUGCUUCCGCUUUACAUUGAGUUAACGAAUGAAGAACAACAAUCUUUGAGCAAAUUAGCAGUUGCCCGAAUUAUUGAAGCUCAUGGGAAAAACCAAGCUACAGGCUGUAGUGAUGCAUGCCUGGUGUUACUUGCUCGGUUGGUUGCACAGCAGACUUUAUUUAUCUGGCAGACUGAUGCUGAUGAUGACAUUGUAGCGAUGCUGCAAAAACAUAUUAUUUUGGAUUACCAGCACAAGAAGGGACAUGAGCUUGCAAUGCAUGUCUUAUACCACUUGCAUGCUGCCAUGAUCUCUGAAUCAGAAGAACAUACUUGCUCAGUUGCUGCCACUGUUUAUGAAAAGUUUCUCCUAGCUGUGGCAAAGCCUUUGCGGGACUCUUUACCAGCCUCAGAUAAGUCAUUUAGUAGGCUUCUUGGGGAAGUUCCACUUUUGCCCGAAUCUGUUCUGAAACUUCUUGAGGAACUUUGUUACUCUGAGGGCUUUGAUAAGCAUGAGAAAGAUGUACGUGAUGGCGAUCGUGUCACUCAGGGGCUUGGUGCUGUAUGGAGCCUGAUUUUGGGGCGUGCACCCAAUCGGCAAGCCUGCUUGAAUAUAGCUUUGAAGUGUGCUGUUCAUUCACAAGAUGAAGUUCGAUCCAAGGCUAUUCGACUGGUUGCAAACAAACUCUAUCCGCUUUCUUAUUUGGCGGAAAAUAUUGAACAGUUUGCAACAAAUAUGUUGUUGUCAGUUGUUGAUCAGCAAGUUCCUGAUGUAGAGAAAACACAUGCGGGCUCUAAUGAGCUAAGUUCAGAAGCAUAUGUUGGAAAUCAGGAAACAUCUGUUAGUGGUUCACAAAAUUCAGAGCCUGGAGCUUCUGAAAGUGACUCUAUGAAGGGUGUUCAACCGGCUUCGCAGAGUGCUCCAACUAUGUUUUUGUCUCAAGCUCAACGCAAAAUGUCCCUUUUCUUUGCCUUAUGUACCAAGAAACCUAGACUUCUUCAACUUGUUUUUGAUAUUUAUGGACGGGCUCCUAAGGCCGUCAAGCAGGCUAUCCAUCGGCAUGUACCUAUUCUUGUGAGGACCAUAGGGUCAUCAUAUUCUGAAUUGUUAUGCAUAAUUUCUGAUCCACCGGAAGGAAGUGAAAAUCUUUUAAUGCUGGUGCUGCAAAUUUUGGCGGAAGAGACAACGCCUUCAGCUGAUCUGAUUGCCACUGUUAAACAUUUAUAUGAGACCAAACUAAAGGGUGCAGCUAUUCUUAUUCCAAUGUUAUCUUCUCUGUCCAAAGAUGAGGUUUUGCCUAUUUUUCCUCGGCUUGUUGAUCUUCCAUUAGAAAAGUUCCAGUCAGCACUUGAUCACAUUCUGCGGGGUUCAGCUCAUACAGGUCCAGCAUUAACACCUGCAGAAGUGUUGGUUGCUAUUCAUGACAUUAAUCCCGAGAAGGAUGGGAUUGCACUUAAGAAGAUAACGGAUGCUUGCACAGCUUGUUUUGAGCAACGCACAGUUUUUACUCAGCACGUCUUAGUAAAAGCUUUGAACCUGCUGGUUGAACAAACUCCUCUACCUUUGCUUUUCAUGAGAACAGUUAUUCAAGCUAUUGAUGCUUUUCCUUCUCUGGUUGAUUUUGUUAUGGAAAUACUUGCCAAACUUGUGAGUAAGCAGAUAUGGAAGAUGCCAAAAUUGUGGGUGGGGUUCUUGAAAUGUGCUUCUCAGACAAAGCCUCACUCAUUUCAUGUUCUGUUAAAGUUACCUCCUGCGCAACUAGAGAGUGCUCUGAAUAAAUACGCCAACCUCAGAGGUCCUCUUGCCGCCCAUGCUAACCAGCCUAACAUAAGAACUACGUUGCCAAGAUCAACACUGGUGGUCCUUGGCCUCGUAAAUGAAUCACAGACACCGCGAUCAUAUUUGCCUAGUGUGUUGCAUACUUCAGACACAAGUUCUUCUGUUCAUGGUGCGACCCUAACGUGACAUCCGAGACGUGAAAAAUCCAUACUUAACAGAGCACCUUCAAGUGUGGGUCCCCCGACCCAUGGUUUCCUCUACUAAAGCGCCAACAAUUGGUGCCCCACGAGAUGCAGGGAUUCCAUUAAAUUUCCAUCGACGGAUGGAAUUUCAGAUGAUGAAUCGAUGAUUGAGAAUAGGGUUCUUCAUCCUGCUGCGGCGCAAAGGAUUGUACCAUAGCUGUAUUCAUAGAUUGAUCAAAGGGGGUAGUUCCGCGCCCUUUUUUUUUUUUUUUUUUUUUUAAUUUCUUUCUAGUCCCUGUGUCCAAUCUAAGAGCAUGUUUAAUAAGAACAUGUGUUUGGUUGGGCGUGUAACCUGUAAUUUUGAGAAUGAAUUUCCGAGGUCUUGAUUAGUUGAAAAUCAUAGCCGUUGGCAAUUUAUAGGGC